AUGGCUUCUAAACUACACCUAAAAUCGGAAUUGGCUGCUCAUAAUGAUCCAACAAGAAAAAGUAAAAAGAAGGUGACAUGUCUCAAUGACAAAAAGCGUUUUAGCACAACGCCAAAGAUGGGAUGGGCUCGUGAAGGAAAUGUGAACCAUAUGUUGACAAUAAUGAGCAACGUCACCUUCUCUGUGUCUGAAUUUGUCUUGAAUUGUGCAAUACGCUAUGAGCAGCGAAGCUUUACUAUCUCCCUUCUCUCCAUAAUCUACUUGGUGUCUUUAUGUGGUAAUCUAUUAGUUUUUCUCGUCAUAAGAAUGAACCAUCAGCUGCAAACGCCAAUGUAUUUAUACAUCAGCACUUUAGCAGUUUUGGACAUGUUUAACAGCACUAACAUCAUUCCUAAAAUGAUGGCUGUUCUUUUAGACUCUGCGGUCAUUCCCUAUGGACCGUGUCUGCUACAGAUGUAUAUGGUUUUCCAUUUGGAGCUGGUGGAAUCACUGGUUUUAGUUUUUAUGGCAUGUGAUCGGUAUGUUGCUGUACUUCAUCCACUUCGGUAUCCUUCACUAAUUACGAAUAAAAUGGUUUUGAUUAGCGUUUUUCUAUCCAACAUUUUUGGUGUUUUAAUCCUUACACCAUAUGUAGUGUUUGCCACUGAGCUUCAUUUUUGUAUCACCAAUGUUCUGCCAUAUUGUUUCUGUGAUUACGCCACAAUGGUUCAAGUGUCUUGUACCAAUAAUGCUAAAUACUUAAUCAUUUUAUCAACCACGACAAUUAUGUUUGCUAUUGUUCCUGUUGCAUUAAUUCUCUUCUCCUACCUCAGCAUUGCUAAGGCAGCCCUAAAAAUCUCAUCUGUUGAAGGGAAAAGAAAAAUUUUCAGUACGUGCCUCACACACCUGCUGGUGAUGGGGCUUUUUUAUCUGCCGUUAAUGGUAUCCUACAUCUUGCCAGGAGUUGGGGUGAAGUUGUCACUGGAGGUUUACAAUACCCUAGUAAUCGUGGCUAAUGUGGUACCUCCCAUGAUGAAUCCCAUAAUUUACAGCUUUAGAAACACAGAAAUAAAAAUAACCAUGUACAGGCUUUUUACAGGAAUGAGGACCUCUCCGCUGUCUGACAGAAACUAAGGAAAAGUCAACAUUCAUCAUUGAAAUAAAAACGU